AGCCGCGUCUGGGGCGCCCGGCCGGGCCCCUCCGGUCCCUUCCCGCCGACGACCCCGCGGGGCGCGCCGUGCACUUGCCGGCGGUGCAGGUGGCCGCGCGCGCCCGGCGCCCUGCGCCCUGGGUCCCCGCCAGCGCCGCGCCGCGCGCCCCGAGGGGCGGGGAGGCGGGGCGGCCCGUCGCGGCCCCAGUUCGCUUCCCGGCGGCGGCGCGGCAGCUGGAGGCCGGCGUCGGGAAGGUCCGGCCGGGUCCGCACCGGGUGUCCGGGUGUCCGCGGGGCGGCCCCCCAGCGCGUGUCUCGCCCGCGCCGUCCAGGCUGCCCCGUUCCGGACGCAUCCGCGGUGCCAGGCUCCACGUGAGACCCCCCGGGAUGCCGGCCCCCAUGGCUUCCUGGACGAGCCGCUGGUGGCUGCUGGUGUGGAUGGUCUUCAGGCACUGGGCGCUCCUGCAGACCUCGGCAGAGACGUCCCCGGGGGCCUACUUCCUGCCCGAGUUCGCGCUGUCCCCCCAGGGGAGUUUCCUGGAAGACACGACUGGGGAGCAGUUCCUCACCUAUCGCUAUGACGACCAGACCUCGAGGAACACGCCAGCCGAGGAGGACAAGGACGGCAACUGGGACGCCUGGGGCGACUGGAGCGACUGCUCGCGGACCUGCGGGGGCGGGGCGUCCUACUCCCUGCGCAGGUGCCUGACCGGGAGGAAUUGUGACGGGCAGAAUAUUCGCUACAAGACCUGCAGCAACCAUGACUGCCCGGCGGACGCCGAGGACUUCCGAGCCCAGCAGUGCUCCGCCUACAACGACGUGCAGUACCAGGGCCGCUACUACGAGUGGCUGCCGCGGUACAACGACCCCGCCGCGCCCUGCGCGCUCAAGUGCCACGCGCGCGGCCAGACGCUGGUGGUGGAGCUGGCGCCCAAGGUGCUGGACGGGACGCGUUGCCAUAGCGACUCCCUGGACAUGUGCAUCAGCGGCACCUGCCAGGCGGUGGGCUGUGACCGGCAGCUGGGGAGUCACGCCAAGGAGGACAACUGCGGGGUGUGCGCGGGCAACGGCUCCACCUGCAGGCUGGUGCGGGGACAGGCCAAGUCACACGUGUCUCCUGAGAAAAGGGAGGAAAACGUGAUCGCGGUGCCCCUGGGCAGUCGGAGUGUGAGAAUCACGGCGAAAGGCCCUGCGCAUCUCUUUAUCGAAUCCAAAACACUCCAAGGGAGCAAAGGGCAGCACAGCUUUCACAGCCCCGGCGUCUUCGUCGUGGAAAACACGACCGUGGAGUUUCAGAGGGGCCCCGACAGGCAGACCUUCAAGAUUCCGGGGCCCCUGACGGCCGACUUCAUCUUCAAGGCCAGGUUCACGGUGGCCAGGGACAGCGUGGUGCAGUUCUUCUUCUACCAGCCCAUCAGCCACCAGUGGCGGCAGACCGACUUCUUCCCCUGCACCGUGACCUGCGGAGGAGGUUACCAGCUGAACUCGGCCGAAUGCGUGGACAUCCGCCUGAAGAGGGUGGUCCCUGACCAUUACUGCCAUUACUACCCCGAGAACGUCAAGCCCAAACCCAAGCUGAAGGAGUGCGGCAUGGACCCCUGCCCCGCCAGUGACGGCUUUAAGGAGAUCAUGCCCUACGACCACUUCCAGCCUCUCCCUCGCUGGGAACAUAACCCGUGGACGGCGUGCUCCGUGUCCUGCGGAGGCGGCACCCAGCGGCGCAGCUUCGUGUGCGUGGAGGAGUCGCUGCACGGCGAGAUCCUGCAGGUGGAGGAGUGGAAGUGCAUGUACGCGCCCCGGCCCAAGGUCAUGCAGACCUGCAACCUCUUCGACUGCCCCAAGUGGGUGGCCAUGGACUGGUCCCAGUGCACGGUGACCUGCGGCCGGGGGCUGCGCUACCGGGUCGUGCUGUGCAUCAACCAUCGCGGGCAGCACGUGGGCGGCUGCAACCCUCAGCUGAAGUUACACAUCAAGGAGGAGUGUCUCAUCCCCGUCCCCUGUUACAAACCCAAAGAAAAGAGCCCGGUGGAGGCAAAGCUGCCUUGGCUGAAGCAAGCCCGGGAGCUGGAGGAGACCAGGGUGGUGACGGAAGAACCGACGUUCAUCCCGGAGCCCUGGUCCCCCUGCAGCGCCCCCUGCGGGCCGGGCGUGCAGGUGCGGGAGGUCCGGUGCCGCGUGCUGCUCACCUUCACGGAGACGGAGACGGAGCUGCCGGCCGAGGAGUGCGAGGGCCCCGCGCCGCCCACCCGGCGGCCCUGCCAGCGGCGGGCCUGUGGCCGCGGCCCCCCGGGCCUGGGCGCGCCCCUCCCCGCCGCGGACGGCGCGCUGACCUACCACUGGGAGUACGCGGGCUUCACCCCCUGCACGGCCACCUGCCUGGGAGGCCACCAAGAGGCCAUCGCGGUGUGUCUACACGUCCAGACCGGGCAGACGGUCAACGACUCGCUGUGCGACGCGCUGCACCGCCCGCCCGCCAUGAGCCAGGCCUGCAACACGGAGCCCUGCCCGCCGCGGUGGCACACGGGCUCCUGGGGGCCCUGCUCCGCGACCUGCGGCGUGGGCAUCCAGACGCGGGACGUGUACUGCCUGCACCCCGGGGAGACGCCCGUCCCGGCCGCCGAGUGUGGCGACGACAAGCCCCACGCCCUGCAGGCCUGCAAUCAGUUCGACUGCCCUCCCGGCUGGCACAUUGACGACUGGCAGCCGUGUCCCAGGACAUGCGGCGGGGGCACCCAGCACCGGAGGGUCACCUGCCGGCAGCUGCUGACCGACGGCAGCUUCCUGACGCUCUCCGAUGAACUGUGCCACGGCCCCAAGGCCUCGUCCCGUAAGUCCUGCGCCAGGACCGACUGCCCUCCGCAGCUCUCCGUGGGCGACUGGUCCCAGUGCUCCGUCAGCUGUGGUGUGGGGACCCAGCGGAGGAAGCAGGUGUGCCAGAGGCUGACGGCCAAGGGCCGGCGGGUCCCCGUCAGCGAGGCCCUGUGCGGGGAGCUUCCGGGGCCCCCUCUCGUGCGGUCCUGCCAGAUGCCGGCCUGCAGCAAGAGGAAAGCAGAGACGCAGCCAACGCCCCGGGAGCAGGGUCCCCAGAUCCUGGCCGUCCCGCGCGUGUACAUCCAGACCCGGGAGGAGAAGCGUGUCCACCUGACGGUGGGCGGCAGGGCCUACCUGCUGCCCAACACGUCGGUGCUGAUCCGGUGCCCGGUGCGCCGCUUCCAGAAGGCCCUGAUCCAGUGGGAGAAGGACGGCCGCUGCCUGCAGCCCUCUGAGCACUGGGGCGUCACCAAGUCGGGGUCCCUGAAGAUCCACGGCCUGGCCGCCCCCGACGGCGGUGUGUACGGCUGCGUGGCCGGCCCUGCCCGGGAGACCUUGGUCCUCAAGCUCAUCGGCACCGACAACCGGCUCAUCGCGCCCCCGGCCCCCGGGGAGCGCUCCCGGGGACCCCCGGCCACGGGCCAGGGCCGAGCUGACACUGUGGGGGCCACCUGGCAGGCCAUGAGGCAGAUGUGGCAGGACCGCAAUGAGCUGGAUGGGGACGAGGGCCAGGCCCUCCGCGCCCUGCUGGGGCCCUGCCACCCCGGCCACGCAGGCCCCCCCGGGUCCUGGGAGCUGCAAGGCGAGCAGUUUGAAGCCGCCGUCCGGCAGGGCGCCUCCAGCAUGGACACGGCCCGGUUCGACGAGCUGAUCCGGAACCUGAGCCGGAUGAUGGAGGCCGGGCAGGUGAGCGACGACCUGGCGUCCCAGGUCAUCUACCAGCUGGUGGCCGCGCGCCCCUGGAGGGCCAGCCCGGAGGAGGCGCCUGCCCGGGCUCCGGGGAGCGGGGACCCCGGGGGGCGUGCGCCCCAAGGCCUGAGGGGGAGACACGCGGGCGGGCUGACGGUCCCACCGAAGGGACCGGAGCUGGUGAGGCCGCGGCAGCCGGCGUCGGUGUCAUUCAAUGCGACCGUCCGUGCCACGAUCGGGAGCGCGGUGUACGUCACCAACAGGACGGCGGCCGUCCACCUGCUGUGCCAGCUGGUCGGCCCUGGCGAGGCCGCCUACGCGUGGACCAAGGACGGGGUGCCGCUGCAGCCGUCGGAAAGGAUCGUCCUGUCCGGAGCGGGGGAGCUGCAGAUACGGAACCCCACGAGGGGCGAGCAGGGGCUGUACGGGUGCUCCGUGGCCAACCGGCUCGGCUCCGACGCGGCGAGCUCGCCCGUGCUGUUUGCAGAGGCGCCCGUCAUCUUGGUCAGGGGAAGGAACGUCACCGGACGGGAGCCUGGCCCGCUCUCCGUCGUGGUCGGAGGCACCGUGAGGGCGGCCCUGGGGGCAAACGUGACCAUCCAGUGCCCCGUACGAGGCAUCCCCCGGCCCACGGUGAGCUGGGUGAAGAGAGGCGGGCCGCUGGGGGACAACACCUCCGUGCUCCCCAAUGGGUCCCUGCUGCUACAGAACGUCUCCCGGCAAAACAAAGGCACCUACGUCUGCAGGGCCUCCAGCGCGCUGGGGAAGGCGGCGGCCACGUCCGUCCUGCACCUGCUGGAGCCCUCCUGGAGGCCGGGUCCCUGGACGCCGUGUCCCGCCACCUGCGGCCGCCUGGGAGCCCGCGUCCGGAGCCUCCGGUGCGUGGCGGCGGGCGGGCAGGAGGUGAGCGAGGCCCUGUGCGGGCACCUCCCCAGGCCGCCGGUCCGCUCGCAGCGCUGCCCGCGCCGGGACUGCCCCCCCAGGUGGGUCGCCAGCCCCUGGUCCGAGUGCUCCGCGUCCUGCGGGAAGGGGUCCCGCGUUCGGCAAGUGACGUGCAAACGCACCCAGGCCGGCGGCACCGCACGGGGGAUGCCCCUGGGAGCCUGCGACCCCCACGGCCGGCCUCCGGGGAGAAGCCCGUGUUCCGGACACCCGUGCGCCGAGGAGCCGGCGGGCCAGUGCCCCGGACGCUGCCUGGGUCGCGCCGUGAGGAUACAGCCGCGUCCCGUCCUCUGCCCACACAACAGCUCCGACCCCCACUGUGAUGACAGGAGAUCCGCCACCGGGAGGAGCUGCUCGGCGGGGGCCUGUGCCGCGUGCUGGCGCCCGGGCCCCUGGCGGCCCUGCUCCGCGGCCUGCGGCCGGGGCGUCCAGGCCCGCAGGCUGGACUGUGUGCACGCGAGCAGCUGCGCGCCGCUGGCCCAGAGGCACUGCCCGCAGAGCCGAAAGCCGGCGUCCUGGCGGCCCUGUGCUGGGCCCGCCUGCGGCCCUGUGCACCCCUCCCAGGAACCUGCACAGACACCCCUGAUGCCUGCACGUGUGUGACACCCCGAGUCUGUGCUCCCUGGGCCUCGGCAGAGGGAGGCGCUGCCCGCCGCGCCCUGCGAUAGCCCACGGCAGGCGUGGGAUGCUGCUGAGGCGAUGGGACGGGGACGUCCAAGCCGAUACCUCGCCUGAGUCGCUGGUUCCAAAACGCGCCUUUCUCUAAAAAGCCACAGACCUCUAAAUCCCGCCAGCCAAUGCAGCCGGUGCAGUCACCCCUGCUACCAUUUUUAUAAAUCUAUUUGUAUUGAUUUCAGAGGGGGAGGGAGAGGGAGAGAAACAUCCAUGAUGAGAGAGAAUCAUGGAUCGGCCGCCUCCUGCACGCCCCCCACUGGGGCUCAAGCCCGCAACCCGGGCCUGUGCC